AGACACAGGCAUCAGGCCCCCUGAGCUCCCUCCCCCAGGGCCCAGGACCUCAACCUCAGAUCCCUUCCUCCUUUGAGAAGCAGGAAUUUGCACCCCAGCUGCCAGCUCUCCACAACUUAGGAGUUUCAGCUCCCAGUUCCCCCUUCUUUCAGACCCAGGAGUCAGGGACCCUACCUCCCUCCUUCUUUGGAAUACCCCACUAUGGGACACCCUCCACCUGCUGCAGCCUGGGUCUGGAUGUUCCUGCUCUUGCUGUUGGAAUCCCAGACAGGAUGCUUGGCAGCACAGGAGACCAAGGUGUUGAGGGGCCAGGAGUGCACACCCCAUUCGCAGCCUUGGCAGACAGCCUUGUUCCAGGGUAACCGGCUAAUGUGUGGGGGUGUUCUCAUAGAUGACAACUGGGUCCUUACAGCAGCCCACUGUAAAAAACCGAAAUACACAGUCCGCCUGGGAGAUCACAACCUACGGAAUAAGGAUGGGUCAGAACAAGAAAUGGCUGUGGCUCAGUCCAUCCCACACCCCGGCUACAAAAGCAGCAACAAGGACCACAGCCAUGAUCUGAUGCUCAUUCGACUACGUGGUCAGGCAUCCCUGGGACCCAAAGUGAAGCCCAUCAACCUGACGGAUCACUGCCCUCGAGUUGGCCAGAAGUGCAUCAUCUCAGGCUGGGGCACUAUCACCAGCCCCCGAGAGAAUUUUCCUGACACUCUCCACUGCGCAGAAGUAAAAAUCAUUCCUCAGAAGCAGUGUGAAGACGCCUACCCCGGGCAAGUCACAGAUAAUAUGGUCUGUGCAAAUGGCAACAAGGGGGCUGACACAUGCCAGGGAGAUUCUGGGGGCCCGCUGGUAUGUGAUGGCGUUCUCCAGGGCAUUACAUCCUGGGGGUCAGACCCUUGUGGGCAGCCUGAGAAUCCUGGCGUCUACACCAAUAUCUGCCGCUACCUGAACUGGAUUAAGAAGACCAUGGACAGGAGGGGCUGAUCUCAGACGAGCUCUAGAUCUCCCUCAAUAAACUUGCAACA